AAGCUCCUCUCAGCUAAAACAUCUACGUCACAUUUUACUGGCAGUUUCUGAUUCGUUUCUCCCACGUUGUCACAACCACAGUCGCGCAGUGAACCGUCACGUCCCUUUACCGACAGGGGUGGGCUCUCGGCUACCGAACCCUGUCGAACCAGGGCUGUUUGGUGUUGUUUUGAUCCGGGAUGGCGUUCAUGGAGCAGCAGCCGCAGCCGAUGUCCGGGAGGAAGCCGCCGCUGGACGACACCGUGCCGCUGAGCGCCGUGAUCGAGGCCAGCCAGAGUUUACAGUCGCACACGGAGUACAUAAUUCGUGUCCAAAGGGGCGUUUCCACAGACAACAGUUGGACGGUCAUCCGGCGAUACAGCGAUUUUGACAUGCUGAAUAAUAGUUUACUGAUUUCUGGCCUAAACCUGCCACUUCCUCCAAAGAAGCUGAUAGGAAACAUGGACCGAGAGUUUAUUGCAGAGCGUCAAAAGGGUCUUCAGGCCUAUCUGAACUACAUCACGCGUCACCACAUCCUCUCCAGCUGUGAGCUGGUCAAAAAGUUUCUUGACACUAAUAAUUACUCAGCAAACUACACAGAAAUAGCCUUACAGCAGGUGUCCAUGUUCUUCAGAUCCGAUCCAAAAUGGGAGGUUAUUGAGCCGUUAAAAGACAUUGGCUGGCGAUUGAGAAAGAGGUAUUUCUUGGUCAAAGACAAAGAUCAGCCCAAAGAGAAACAAGUAUUAAGUUGGGUUGAUUUGGGUCCUGAUAAGUUCCUGUCAGACAAAGAUCUCCAGUCUGCAAUGAAGCUGCUUCCAACAUUUUCUCAUUCAAACAUCUCUCCCGUCAGUUUCGCCACUAGCAGUGAAUCGUCUGCACUAGUCAUUAGAGUUUUCAGUGAGAAAGGAACGCUUAGGGAUCACAUUUGCAAGGUGAAGCCCAAAGAGCCCUUCCUGAAGAAAUACUGCAAUCCCAAAAAGAUCCAGGGUUUGGAGCUGCAGCAAAUCCGAACAUACGGAAGACAGAUUCUGGAGGCACUAAAAUUUCUCCAUGACAAGGGUUUUCCGUACGGGCAUCUCCAUGCGUCUAAUGUCCUGAUCGAGGAGAACACAUGUAAAUUGUUGGAUAUAGAGAAUUCAUUACUGGGACUGCCGUCAUAUUACCGACCCUAUGUAACACAGUUCAGGAAAAUUAAUACAACAGAAAGCAUAGAUGUCUACUCAUUUGGACACUUGCUUUAUGAAAUGACAUAUGGCCGCCCGCCUGAUGCUGUGCCCGUAGAUCAGUAUCCUCCAGCCCCGUUCCCAUCUGUAGUCUCAGUACUUCAGUCCAUCUUGUCCACAGAAGCUUGCAAAACGGGAAUGCCAACCGUUUCCCAGCUCCUACAAACACCGUUAUUCAAUGAUGUGCUGCUGUAUAACUCGGAGAAACCCCAGUUUAAGAUCAGCUCCAAAUUAAAAGAGGCUCUGAAAUCGUCUAAAGAAUGCUUGGAGAAGCAUCUAGUGGAGGAACAGAGGACGAUCCACCAGCACAAGAGGUUGACGCGAGCGCAGUCGCACCACGGCUCAGAGGAGGAGAAGCGGAAGAGGAAGAUCUUGGCCAGAAAGAAAUCGAGACAGUCGACAUAUGAAAACGAGGAGGAUCUCUCUGUCAAAUACAAUAAUAACUCUGGUUCUGGGGCGAGUUCACCUCCAACCUGCCCGUCCUCACCCACUCCUCUACCAGAGCAUGCGCCAUUUUGAACGUGUGUGGGGUAAAGUAAUUCAAUAAUAAUAAUCUAUAUCCACUGUAAAGUUGCAGCUCACCCUCCCUCAGUAGUACAUUCUGAUUCCCCACAGCAAUAUUAAUGCAUGCAAAUGCAUGCAAAUGAGGUCUGUCCAGCCAGUUUUUCAGCUACUGAGAAGGGUUAAUGCAACUUUAAAUGUUCACAAUCUGCAAUUGUCUAUUUAGGCACAAAAUUGGGCUUUUUAGGACUUUUCUGAUGGUAAAUUCUUUCUAACAAGCAUUUUGUUUUUGUGGAUUGUGAUGGUUGUUUUUUUUUCUUAUAUAUGCAUAUAUUAGAAACGGACAACAGUAACUGUUAACUGAUAUGACUAGAAACUGACUUGUUUUUAAGAUUUUUUUUUUUUAGAUGAUCAUUGAAUGAAGAAUAAAAAAAAAAAGUGGUCUUAAAGGGUCAUGAAACCCCCUGUUUCAGCAGCAGUCGGUUCUCAUCAUAGUUUUGAAAAAUGCUUCAAAAGUGGGCGGGGUGAGCUGCGGAGUGGAGGGGGAAGACAGGAGACUGACAACACAAUGGUUUCUGAUUCAGACAGUUUUAUUUCGCUUUCAUUGAGUUAAAAGCAUCAAAGCUUCCCACAAAUGCACGCUGCAAUUCACCAUUAAACAACACAAUAUACACAUGCUUUGUAAGCUCACUGUAAAUUACAUACAUAUCCUGUGACAGCUAUCUUUUAAUGCACAAAUAAAUGCACAGCCGUUUCGAUCUGCAUCAAAAAUAUAUAUGAACACGUUGUUGGAUCUUUAAUAUCUAAUCGGUCUAAUUGGUUAAAGGAACGUGAAGAGCGGUUAAACUCGCAGUGUGGAUGAAUCUCGUUUGUGUCGGAGACUGAGGAUCUAUUGAAGGGAACUUGUGCGAAGCAGAAACUCUUACAAAGCAAAAACAAACACUCGUUUUUGACCCAUUACUGCAUCUCUCACUUAGCCUACUGUAUGCAAUCUCACUGUUUGAAGCGCCUGUCAUGGGAAAUCCAAGCAUGCUGUCGUGAAUAAUUAAGCAAGGCAUCUUCUCAUAGGACAAGGACACGCAGUCUCAUGAAUAAUUAUGAGACACCGAUGAGUCAUCAAUGUACCAUAAUACAGGAAAACAUCACAUCCUGUCACAAAGACGAAUUUUGUGUACGAAUUUUACACUAUUUUCAACCCGGAAGUUGAAAAUAGUGCAAAAAAGAAUACAUUUAACUAGUUUUCUCCCACAUUUAAAACUAGUGGAUGGUAACAUUGUCUUCUAUGAUGUUCAACACACAUAACACAAUCUGUUAAAUUCUCAGAAUAUUUAGUUUAGGGUUUCAUGACCCUUUAAAGCAAUUGCAACUGAGCACAACUAGUUGUUGAUGAUACAUGCAUCUUGCUGAUUGGUUCAGAAGGCAUGACUCAUGCUGUCCAUCACUUAUUUCCAAGAAGGUGAUUGGUCAGUAAACUCACAGUAUCGACAAAUCAGCUUUAAGGUAUUUAAAGUCAAUAUGAAAUGGAAGUUUUCUUUCUAACCCUCAUAUUUGUAAGUAUUACUUAAUAAUUAUAUUUUAAAUUAUAUUUUUAUCACAAAAUAGUGUAUUAUAUUUACUUAUUAAAUUUAUAUUAAAUAUAAAUGUAUUUAAUUAUAUUAUAUUUUUAUCAAUAAUACUUUAAUGAAUUAUAUUUAUAUCAGUAUAUUUGUACAUAUAAAUAUUUAAAUAUACAUUUUAAAUAUGUUUUAUAUUAUUUUAUAAUUUAUAAUUUAUAUUUAAUUAUAGAUAAUUAUAAUUCUAUUUUCUAUUAGUACAUUUUAUAUCAUAAUAUAUUAUUUAUUGAAUCUUAUUAAAUAACUUUGCUUAUUAAAUAUAAAUUUAAAUAAAUUUGAAUUAUGUAAUAAAUAAUGCUAUUUUAUUUCAUAGUAUUUUUUCAUAGUGGUCAAUCGAUAUAGCACCAAGACUGAUAUAUCGGCCGAUAUCUGGAUUUUUUUGUAAUUAUCGGCAUCGGUCGGUGUGUCAGGAGCAGGACUUUUAUUUUGACAGCGCUGAGAAUGCCAGUACCUUAGCACACAAUGCUCCCAUUCUCCGUAUUAGUUUUUCCAUCUCUGUUUAACAGUCCUAUAUAAUAUGUUAGUAGAUAAAUCUGGUAAACAAAGAAAGUAAACGGUAUAUGAAAACAUAUUCUAGCUUUUGCUUUUAUAUUAUUAGUAAUAGAAAGGCAAACACUAUCUAUCGUCAGCAUUCAGCAAAUACGCAUUUAUAUAAUUUAAGUCUUUGAAUAUCUAAUAACACUAACAUUUAAUUUCACAAACCUUGCAGACUUUGUCACAUUCAGAUGUGAGAUCUUCCGAAGUGUGUAUUUGUAGACUGCAUAAAAACAGGUUACUCUGUGCGAAUUGAAUGCAGACAGGAGAGACGCGCAAACAACAAACUUUAAACGCUUGAUUUCAAACAAUGCUGCGCUAUAUUCUUUUGUCAACUGUCAUAUUAAUGUCAUUUUCACUGUGUGCUGUAUGUAAAAUUAGUGUUAACUUGUUUUUAUUUGAAAAAAAUAUGAUAUAUAUGGUUUAUAUUGGCCAUUGGCCACUCCGCUUUCUAAGACAUUGGCCAUCAAAAAAAUCAAUAUCGGUUGCUAAUUACUUUCAUGUUGACUUUAAAUGUUGCCUUUUGUGGUAAGUGUAUCAUUCUGAAUGGCUGUUGUAUUUUAUAACUUCCUGUUUACAUACCGCAAAGGAUUCUGAGUAGGUAUAUUACUAAAACGUGACCGAUAUUGAUGGACUGUUUUCUGAUUCCCGCAGGAGCACCUCCAGCACCUCCUCUUCCUCCCCCCGCUGCUGCUCCUCCUCCUCCUCCCCCUCCUCCUCCUGGGAGUGAACCCGUCCCUCCGUCCCUCUCACCUCCCAGUGUCAACGGCGUGGGCCGGGGCGCCCUCCUCAGCUCCAUCCAGUCCUUCAACAAAGGCAAACUGAAAAAAUCAGAUACUGUUGAUCGCAGCAUCCCACGUUUGUGAAAAAAAAAAAAAAAAAAAUGCUCAUCUUUGUUUUAGUGCAAUUUGUCCACUCAAAGUCUUUUAGCAACUUGCGUCUAGCAGUGAAGAGUGACUGUUUGUAUCUGGACUUCUUCGAUGUUUGUUUUAUUCACAUUUAAUUCCAGUGUAGCCCUGAAUUUUUUUUAAGCUGCUCAAUGUAGCCUAAACAAUUCUGUUUGGACCAGAUGUCAUAUCUAAAAUGUACAUGCGCGCUCAUUUGAGCGAAAAAGUUUACCAUCUACAUUUUAAAGUACUGAAUUCUGAAGGCAAGGACACAAGUUGGUGGAGAACGCGGGCAGCACAUUUACUUUGAAUGGAAAUGUAACUGGAUUUUAUUAUUGGUUCAUAAAACGAGUGAUGUUUGAUUCUGACAUUUUAAUUCAACUUUGGUUAUGAUUCAUUUUGGAGGGUUUGGGAUGAUGUUUUUUAAGCAUUUGCCACAUUUACCAUUGUGCCUACAAAAGCUGAGAGCGUUAUUUGUUCUCUACGUUUUUUUCCUGCGGAAAUAUUGAGCUACAUUGUUCUUAUUUUCUUUCAGAAGAAAGUAAUAUUCGUAUUCCUGUUCUGCAAGAUCACAAUCAACAUGUUGCACGAAUAGCGACAUUUAAACGAUGCGUUAUACAUUUAUGCCCCUUAAUGACACAGUCGCUGUACCAGAAAAACAAUGGCUUUGAUUUACCACUGACAUGAUUAUAUAAUGGCCAUUGUGAUGUCACUUACGCCAUCUAAUCCUAUUGGUUGUUGCAGCCUGGUGGUAAAUGGAAGUGAUGUCUUGUUUUGCACACAUAUAUUGAGAGAAAGUAACUUCUAUAAUUCAUGUUCAUUCUUGAAAACCAGAUUCAUUUGUUAUCUAGAACGAUGUACAAUACUGCGCAAUAGUUCAUCUUUUGCUCUUGUAACAGUAAACCCAUUUGUACAUAGAUACAUACAGACACUGAAAACAUUACAGCUAAAUAUUGUAAUACAUAUUCUUAGCUUUGUUAUUAUCUUGGGGGAAGAAUUUAAUAAUGUUUCCAUUUUCGCUACAGCACUUUACCACUGAAUAUUUAGCAGUGGUCUUGAGAAGAAGAAAUGUUCAAAAGUUUACAAAGAGACUUAUGUAUGUCCGAGAACAGUAGAGGAAUCAAUGUGUUUGAUAAUGAACAAAUUUGCCACUGAUGUUUGCCUCUGUACAGUUGCCAGAACCGUUGUUAGCACUGGAGGUGAACAUCCUCAAACGGUUAAAAAAAUGUUUUCCCUGUUCUAUAAAAAAACUUGUAUUGACAAAAUUUUAAAAGAAUGGUCUUGUGCUUUUAGUUGUGAACUUUGAAGUAAAGACAAUGAAACAGA